AUGGAAGAAACGGAAAACGAAAACAAAAUUCUUCGAGACCAAAUGAAAGAGCAUCAAGAAAAGGUAGACAAAAUACCAGGUGCCCCAAAACUCUUACCAAAAAGAGAUGCUGGUUGGUUCGUGGAACAAUCCUACAAUGAUGAAGCCGCCCCGCAUGCCAUACCCAAGACCUUCAAAAUGCCACCUUACUUAAAAAUAUACGACGGUACGACCGAUCCUGAAGAUCUCGUGACUCACUACGUCACCGCAGUAAAGGGCAACGAUCUCGCCAAAGAACAAGUACCCUCCAUCCUGUUGAAAACGUUUGGCGAAACCCUCACCAGAGGUGCAUUAACUUGGUAUUCACAACUGCCCGCGCGCUCCAUUGGAACAUUCGAAGAGAUAACCGACAAGUUCGUAACGGCCCAUGUAGGAGCUAAAAAGGUGGAGGCAAAAGUGAACGACAUAUUUGCCAUCAAACAAGCACCUGGAGAGGGACUGAGGGACUUCGUCGCUCGAUUCAACCGUGUAAGGAUGACCUUACCAAAUGUAUCAGAAGGCAUGGCUGUAGCAGCUUCCCAAAGUGGGCUGAACAGAAAUCGUUCGAGGGCGACCAGAAAGUUGCUGAGUCGGCUUAUGAAUUAUCCCCAACCACUUGGGGUGAAAUACACAAUGCCUAUUGUCCGAAAAAUAGUCUACGCAUUAGAGAAGCUCGGCCCAAAAGUGAAGAGGCCACAAAAGAUGAGGUCCGACCCAAGCACCAGGAAGUCAAACGCCCUCUGCGAAUUCCUCCAAGAGCGAGGUCAUAAAAUCGAGGACUGCAUCGCUCUAAGGCGGGAGGUCGUGAAUGCUUCACCAUGGGCACUUGAAAGAGUUACUGAGCGAUCGAGGAAAGGCCAACUUCGCCCGAGGACAUGA